AUGCCACCUCCUUUGCUCUCCUCUUCCAUGCUCUCUUUUCUCCAACUGCCACCUCCUUGGCUCUUCUCUUCCAUGCUCUCUUUUCUCCAACUGCCACCUCCUUUGCUCUCCUCUUCCAUGCUCUCUUUUCUCCAACUGCCACCUCCUUUGCUCUCCUCUUCCAUGCUCUCUUGUCUCCAACUGCCACCUCCUUUGCUCUCCUCUUCCAUGCUCUCUUUUCUCCAACUGCCACCUCCUUGGCUCUUCUCUUCCAUGCUCUCUUUUCUCCGCCUGCCAUCUCCUUUGCUCUCCUCUUCCAUACUCCCUUUCUCCGCCUGCCACCUGCUUUGCUCUCCUCUUCCAUGCUCUCUUUUUCUCCAACUGCCACCUCCAUUGCUCUCCUCUUCCAUGCUCCGUUUUCUCCGCCUGCCACCUGCUUUGCUCUCCUCUUUCCAUGCUCUCUUUUUCUCCGCCUGCCACCUCCUUUGCUCUCCCUUUGCUCUUCCAUGCUCUCUUUUCUCCGCCUGCCACCUCCUUUUGCUCUUCUCUUCCAUGCUCUUUUUUUCUCCGACUGCCACCUCCUUUGCUCUCCUCUUCCAUGCUCUAUUUUCUCCAAUUUCCACCUCCUUUGCUCUCCUCUUCCAUGCUCUCUUUUCUCCGCCUGCCACCUCCUUUGCUCUCCUCUUCCAUUUCUCCGCUCUCUUUUCUCCAACUGCCACCUCCUUGGCUCUUCUCUUCCAUGCUCUCUUUUUCUCCAUUUCUGCCACCGCCUUUGCUCUCCUCUUCCAUACUCCCCCAUCUCCGCCUGCCACCUACUUUGCUCUCCUCUUCCAUGCUCUCUUUUCUCCAACUGCCACAUCCUUUGCUCUCCUCUUCCAUGCUCCCUUUUCUCCGCCUGCCACCUACUUUGCUCUCCUCUUCCAUGCUCACUUUUCUCCGCCUGCCACCUCCUUUGCUCUUCUCUUCCUUGCUCUUUUUUCUCCGCCUGCCACCUCCUUUGCUCUCCUCUUCCAUGCUCUAUUUUCUCCAACUUCCAACCUCUCGUUUGCUCUCCUCUUCCAUGCUCUUUUUUUCUCCGCCUUUAAAACCUCCUUUGCUCUCCUCUUCCAUGCUCUCUUUUCUCCGCCUGCCACCUCCUUUUCCUCUUCUCUUCCAUGCUCCGCCUCUUUUCUCCCGCCUGCCACCUCCUUUGCUCUUCUCUUCCAUCCUCUCUUUUCUCCGCCUGCCACCUCCUUUGCUCUCCUCUUCCAUGCUCUCAUUUCUCCGCCUGCCACUACCUUUCCCUUUGCUCUCCUUUGCUUCCAUGCUCUCUUUUCUCCGCCUGCCAUAUCCUUUGCUCUCCUCUUCCAUGCUCUCUUUUCUCCGCCUGCCACUACCUUUGCUCUCCUCUUCCAUACUCCCUUUUCUCCCGCCUGCCACCUCCUUUGCUCUCUCCUCUUCCAUGCUCUUUUUCUCCGCCUGCCAACUCCUUUGCUCUCCUCUUCCAUGCUCUCUUUUUCUCCGCCUGCCAACUCCUUUGCUCUCCUCUUCCCUCUCCUUUUCUCCACCUCCUUUGCUCUCCUCUUCCAUGCUCUCUUUCUCUCCGCUCUCUUUUCCUUUUCUCCGAAGUCUCUCCUCCAAAUCCUUGCUCUCCUCUUCCAUGCUCCCUUUCUCCGCCUGCCACUUCCCCCUUUGCUCUCCUCCUUUGCUUCCAUUUUCCUCCCUUUUCUCCGCCUGCCACUUCCUCCUCUCCUCUUCCAUGGUCUCUUUUCUCCGCCUGCCCUCCUUUGCUCUCCUCUUCCAUGCUCUCUUUUUCUCCGCCUGCCACCUCCUUUGCUCUCCUCUUCCAUGCUCUCUUUUCUCCACCAACUGCCACUUCCUUUCCGCCUGCCACCUCUCCUCUUCCAUGCUCUCUUUUCUCCGCCUGCCACCUCCUUUGCUCUCCUCUUCCAUGCUCUUUUUUCUCCGCCUUUUCUGCCAUCUCCUUUGCUCUCCUCUUCCAUGCUCUCAUUUCUCCACCUGCCAUCUCCUUUGCUCUCCUCUUCCAUUCUUUUUCUGCCUCUCUCUCCUCUUCCAUGCCUUUUUUUCCAACCCUUUGCUCUCCCUUUUCCAAUGCCUCUUUUCUCCGCCUGCCAUCUCCUUUGCUCCCCGCCUCCCCUUCCUCUUCCAUGCUCUCUUUCUCCGCCUGCCAUCUCCUCUGCUCCCUCUUCCAUGCUCCUCAUUUCUCCGCCAUGCACACCUCUCCUUUUUCUCCUUCCAUGCCACCUUUCUCCGCCAUGCUCUCUUUCUCCGCCUGCCAUCUCCAUGCUCUCUUUUCUCCGCCUGCCACCUCCUUUGCUCUCCUCUUCCAUGCUCUCUUUUCUCCGCCUGCCACAUCCUUUGCUCUCCUCUUCCAUGAUCUCUUUUCUCCGCCUGCCAGCUCCUUUGCUCUCCUCUUCCAUGCUCUCUUUUCUCCGCCUGCCAAAUCCUUUGCUCUCCUCUUCCAUACUCCCUUUCUCCGCCUGCCACUUCCUUUGCUCUCCUCUUCCAUACUCCCUUUCUCCGCCUGCCACUUCCUUUGCUCUCCUCUUCCAUGCUCUCUUUUCUCCGACUGCCACUUCCAUUGCUCUCCUCUUCCAUGCUCUCUUUUCUCCGCCUGCCACCUCCUUUGCUCUCCUCUUCCAUGCUCUCUUUUCUCCGCCUGCCACCUCCUUUGCUCUCCUCUUCCAUGCUCUUUUUUCUCCGCUGCCAUCUCCUUUGCUCUCCUCUUCCAUGCUCUCAUUUCUCCGCCUGCCACCUCCUUUCCUCUCCUCUUCAAUGCUCUCUUUUCUCCGCCUGCCAACUCCUUUGCUCUCCUCUUCCAUGCUCUCUUUUCUCCGCCUGCCAUCUCCUCUGCUCUCCUCUUCCAUGCUCUCUUUUCUCCGCCUGCCAACUCCUUUGCUCUCCUCUUCCAUUCUCUCUUUUCUCCGCCUGCCAACUCCUUUGCUCUCCUCUUCCAUGCUCUCUUUUCUCCGCCUGCCACCUCCUUUGCUCUCCUCUUCCAUGCUCUCUUUUCUCCGCCUGCCACCUCCUUUGCUCUCCUCUUCCAUGCUCUCUUUUCUCCGCCUGCCAUCUUUGCUUUCUUCCAUGCUCUCUUUUCUCCGCUGCCAUCUCCUUUGCUCUCCUUUCCAUCUCUCUUUUCCAUGCCACUCCUUUUCCAUGCUCUCCCUUUCCAUGCUCUCUUUUCUCCGCCUGCCACCUCCUUUGCUCUCCUCUUCCAUGCUCUCUUUUCUCCGCCUGCCACCUCCUUUGCUCUCCUCUUCCAUGCUCUCUUUUCUCCGCCUGCCACCUCCUUUGCUCUCCUCUUCCAUGCUCUCUUUUCUCCGCCUGCCACCUCCUUUGCUCUCCUCUUCCAUGCUCUUUUUUCUCCGCCUGCCACCUCCUUUGCUCUCCCCUCUUCCAUGCUCUCUUUUUUCUCCGCCUGCCAUCUCCUUUGCUCUCCCUCUUCCAUGCUCUUUUUCUCCGCCUGCCAUCUCCUUUGCUCUCCUCUUCCAUGCUCUCUUUUCUCCGCCUGCCACCUCCUUUGCUCUCCUCUUUUUCCAUGCUCUCUUUCUCCGCCUUCCACCACCUCCUUUGCUCUCCUUUGCUCUUCCAUGCUCUUUUUCUCCGCCUGCCACCACCUUUGCUCUCCUCUUCCAUGCUCUUUUUUCUCCGCCUGCCACCUCCUUUGCUCUCUCCCUUCCAUGCUCUCUUUCUCCGCCAGCCACCUCCUUUGCUCUCUCCUCUUCCAUGCUCUCUUUUCUCCGCCAGCCACCUCCUUUGCUCUCCUCUUCCAUGCUCUCUUUUCUCCGCCUGCCACCUCCUCCUUUGCUCUCUCUUCCAUGCUCUUUUUUCUCCGCCUGCCACCUCCUUUGCUCUCCUCUUCCAUGCUCUCUUUUCUCCGCCUGCCACCUCCUUUGCUCUCCUCUUCCAUGCUCUCUUUUCUCCGCCUGCCACCUCCUUUGCUCUCCUCUUCCAUGCUCUCUUUUCUCCGCCUGCCAUCUCCUUUGCUCUCCUCUUCCAUGCUCUCUUUUCUCCGCCUGCCACCUCCUUUGCUCUCCUCUUCCAUGCUCUCUUUUCUCCGCCUGCCUCCUUUGCCUCUUCCAUGCCUCUUUUUCCCUGCUCUCUCUCUUCCAUGCUCUCUUUUCUCCGCCUGCCAUCCUCCUUUGCUCUCCUCUUCCAUGCUCUCUUUUCUCCGCCUGCCACCUCCUUUGCUCUCCUCUUCCAUGCUCUCUUUUCUCCGCCUGCCAUCUCCUUUGCUCUCCUCUUCCAUGCUCUCUUUUCUCCGCCUGCCUGCCACCCUCCUUUGCUCUCCUCUUUCCAUGCUCUCUUUUUCCCGCCUUUGCCACCUCUUCCAUCCUUUGCUCUCCUCUUCCAUGCUCUCUUUUUCUCCGCCUGCCACCUCCUUUGCUCUCCUAUUCCAUGCUCUCUUUUUCUCCGCCUGCCACCUCCUUUGCUCUCCUAUUCCAUGCUCUCUUUUCCGCCGCCUUUGCCACCUCCUUUGCUCUCCACCUCCUUUGCUCUCCUUUCUCCGCCUGCCACCUCCUUUGCUCUCCUCUUCCAUGCUCUCUCUUCUCCGCCUGCCACCUCCUUUGCUCUCCUCUUCCAUGCUCUCUUUCUCCGCCUGCCACCUCCUUUGCUCUCCCCUCUUCCAUGCUCUUUUUUUUUCUCCGCCUGCCACCUCCUUUGCUCUUCUCUUCCAUGCUCUCUCUUCUCCGCCUGCCACCUCCUUUGCUCUCCUCUUCCAUGCUCUCUCUUCUCCGCCUGCCACCUCCUUUGCUCUCCUCUUCCAUGCUCUUUUUUUUUCUCCGCCUUAUAUUUUAUUUGGACUCUUUGUUUCCUCCUUUUCUUUCAUCUUCUCAAAUAUCCAACCUUCUUUCCACUCUUUCUUCCGUCUUCCUUUAUUUCUUCUCAUUUUCUUUCUUUCUUUCUUUCUUUCUUUCUUUCUUUCUUUUGUGCUAG